AAAAAAAAAAAAAAGCCUGUUUACUUAUGUAUCUUCUAGCCUAGAUUUAAACUCCUUGAGAAAAGGGGAUGUAAGGGAAUGUCUUUUUCACCCUUGCAACAUGACACAGUCUCAGCCUAAUGCCUGACAUAGUCACAGUUCAUUGUAACUUUAAACUCUUAGGCCCAAGUGAUUCUCCUGCCUCAGCCUCCCAAGUAGCUGUGACUACAGCACCAGCCACAAUGCCCGCUAUUUUUAGAGAUGGGGGUCUGGCUUUGGUUCAGGCUGGUCUCGAACCUGUGAGUUCAGGCAAUCCACCUGCCUCAGCCUCCCACAGUGCUAGGGUUACAAACGUGAGCCACUGCGCCUGAAUGGAGUCCCUUUGAUAGAACUGCCAGAACCUUGGGCCCUCUUUUGGACUUGAGAAACAGAAACUAGAAACCACCUUUGUUUUGCCACUUGGCAGCGCUGUUAGCUUAGACAAGUCAUUCCGCCACAGUCCAUUCCCUUUAGUGUCAAAUAGACAUUGUUGGUCUCUACCUGGGGGCUUAAAAUAAGGUUAUGUAUAUUGAAGCCAGUUAGUCUGUUAUCACCAUUCACUACCAUCAUAGUGACUCUGAAUAGCGUAAACUUGCUUUAAUCAGUUUUGUCCCCAUUACAUGCUCCCUUCAUUUUACACUUUUCUUGAAUCUCAAGCUUUACUUCUGUGAGACAGAUUUCCGAGGCAUAGAAAGUGAAAAAAAGCCAGUUGUAGAAAACACUUAUUUAUGUGAAAAAUAGUAAUAAAAAUACAAUUAUAUAUAUAUUUUGUUUGUUUGUUUUUUGAGACAGAGUCUCAAGCUGUUGCCCUGGGUAGAGCGCUGUGGCAUCAUAGUUCACAGCAAUCUUCAACUCCCGGCUCAAGCGAUCCUUUUGCCUCAGUUUUUCUAUUUUUUAGUAGAGACAGGUUCUCAAUUUUGCUCAGGCUAGUCUCGAACUUGCCACCUCAAGCAAUCCACCCGCUUUGGUAUCCCAGAGUAAUAAGGAUUACAGGUAUGAGCCACCUCGCCCAGCCCAAUUAUACAUCUUGAUACAUAAUAAAAAAUUUUACCAUGUCUGCCAAGUAGAAGGGGAACUAGGUGUCCAAAGGAGAUUGACUUUACUCUGGGAUAUCCUUUUUCGAGUUUGACAUUUUAUAUCAUGUGCCAUAGCACUCUACCCAGGGCAACAGAAUGAGAGUCUGUGUCAAAAAGAAAAAAAAAAAACUUAAAUAAAAGAUAAAAAAAAAUAGCUUUUUUUUCUGGGCUCGGGCCUGGUUCGUGGAGACAUGGCUAAACGCACCAAGAAGGUUGGGAUCGUGGGUAAAUACGGGACCCGCUAUGGUGCCUCCCUCCUGAAAAUGGUGAAGAAGAUAGGUAUCAGCCAGCACGCCAAGUACACUUGCUCCUUCUGUGGCAAAACCAAGAUGAAGAGACGAACUGUGGGGAUCUGGCACUGUGGUUCCUGCAUGAAAACAGUAGCUGGUGGUGCCUGGACCUACACCACCACUUCUGCUGUUACAGUAAAGUCUGCGAUUAGAAGACUGAAGGAACUGAAAGACCAAUAGAAGCUCUAACCUUUUCAGACAACACAAGCUACUAAAAAAUGGGUUAAUUUAUGUAAAAAAAUAGAACAGCAGAAGGUGUGCUAUAUAAUCAUACUUUCUUUAGAAUAGCUAUGAAUUUGGAGGAAUGUGUCCUGCAAAUAUACAUUGUUGGUCUCUGCCUUGGGGAGAGACUGGGAGAGGUGGCUUACGCAUGCAAUCCUAGCACUCUUGUAACAUCAAGGCAGGUGGAUUGCUUGAGCUCAGGAAGAGACCAGCUUGAGCAAGAGCCAGACCCCAUCUUUACUAAAAAUAGAAAAAACUAGCCGGGCUUUGCAGCAGGUGCCUAUAGUCCCAGUUACUCUGGAGGCUGAGGCAGGAUCACUUGUACAGAGGAAUUUCAGGAUGCUGCGAGCUAGGUUGAUUAUAGGGCACUCCAGCCAUGGCAACAGUGAGACUCUAUUUCAAAAUAAAAAUAAAAAUAAAAAAUCAAUUAUCCCGGCGGCGCCUGUGGCUCAGUCGGUAAGGCGCCGGCCCCAUAUACGGAGGGUGGCGGGUUUAAACCCGGCCCCGGCCAAACUCCAACCAAAAAAUAGCCGGGCGUUAGGGCGGGCGCCUGUAGUCCCAGCUACUCGGGAGGCUGAGGCAAGAGAAUUGCUUAAGCCCAGGAGUUGGAGGUUGCUGUGAGCUGUGUGAGGCCAUGGCACUCU